GCUACACGCAGUCUGACUGGCAGUCUUCACUGUCAAGCGGGCAGUCCGACCGGCAAGUCAUAAAGAUCAGUGGCAAUAACUGACAAGUAACCUGCGCUAAAAAUGGUUAACGUCACCGAAGACAAAGUUCAACGCAUUGGAGCUGUUCUCUGCGACCCCGAGAGGCCUUUAAAAGAGCGUUUUCGGGCGCUUUUCACCUUGAAAAACAUCGGAGGACCGGUCGCUAUCAAAUGCAUAGAGAAAGCCUUCCUAGAUUCAUCUGCACUUCUCAAGCAUGAAGUGGCUUACUGUCUGGGACAAAUGCAGGACCCUGUCGCAAAUAAAAUUCUGGUAACCGUACUCCGCGACAAGCAACAGGAAGCAAUUGUCAGGCAUGAAGCAGCUGAAGCAUUAGGAGCAAUUGCAUCUGAAGAAUCAACUGAAAUCCUACAAGAGUACAGUCAAGAUCCCACUAUUGAAGUGAAAGAAACAUGUGAACUGGCUCUGGAAAGACUUGCCUUCCUGCAAGAUGAGAAAAACCCUAAAAUUGAACAGAAUCCUUAUGGUUCUGUUGAUCCAGCACCACCACUACCAACAGCAGCUGUUGAAGAUUUACACAGGACUCUGUUGGAUCCAAAUGUUUCACUCUUUCAGAGGUACAGGGCCAUGUUCACACUAAGAAACAUGCACACCAAAGAAAGUGUGUUAGCUCUGUGUGAUGGUCUUAAACAUGGCAGUGCCUUGUUCAAGCAUGAGGUGGCUUUUGUCCUGGGCCAAUUGCAGGAUGUAGCAAGUGUGCCUGCACUCAAGGAGUGUCUCUGUGAUACCAGUGAGAAUGAGAUGGUGAGGCAUGAGUGUGCUGAGGCACUGGGCGCCAUUGCAACUGGAGAAUGUUAUCAGGUAUUGUAUGAGUAUCUCACAGAUGAGAAGAGAGUGGUGAAGGAGAGUUGUGAGAUUGCACUGGACAUGUGUGAAUAUGAGAAUUCACCUGAGUUUCAAUAUGCAAACACAUUACUCUUGCAGGAGGCUUAAAAUGUUUUUUAAUACUUUGAUUUAUGUUCAUUAAAAAUGAUGUUACAAGAAUAAAAUGCUCAUGUGAUCUA